AUGUUUGCAUAUAAAAAGGCAACAUAUUCACUUUUAUCCUCCAUCAACAUUACUACUAUUCAAUAUAACACAGUGGCUGCUCGCGCAUUCUUCAUUCUUGCUAUUAUUGCUACAUUUAUCUGUUUUAGUAUGGCAGCCCCUACUUGCUCAUCCAAGAAAGCUCGUACCAAGGCAGCUACUCUCUCAACCUGCAAUGAAGGGCGUCUUCCUGCUGCCAUUUUCCCUGAUCUCUCUGGAUACAAGCUUGCCAAGACCAACAGCUUAGAAGAUGGUCUCAAAGCUAUGGCUAAGCAAAACGGCAAAGUCUAA